AUGUUUGAAGUGUUGCCAGAUGUUUCUUUCCUACACGCAACGGACAUGCAGUAUUGGAAAGAAGAACAAGGACCAAAGCUGAAUUAUAAUUGGACAAACUCAAGAUCUUUUUCCCCAAGCGAAUUACGUGACCGUGAUCAUGGUGUUAUCUCAGUGGUAUUUAGUUUCAUCUACUUAUUUGUUGGUGUGUUGGGAAACAUUGCAGUUAUUAUUUAUCACAUUUUUCUGAACCACGACUAGACUCCAAGCAGCUGGUUGGUUACACAUCUUGCCUUCGCUGAUCUUCUCGUCUGCUUAACACUUUAUCCAGAAAGAAUUGUUCGGUUCUUUCAUGCAGAAGUGAGAGAUGAAAGAUUGGUGUUUUGCAAGAUAAAAUUUACCACAUUUUAUGUUUCCUUAUUCCUUUCCAUAAUGAUUCUGCUGUCCAUCACAGUUGACAAAUAUCUGUAUAUAGCGAAGCCGCAGCAAUAUCCACUGAUCGUAAGAAUACGAAGAACUAAGAUACUUCUCAGUUGUAUCUGGUUAGCUGCCUUGGUUCAGCUCCCACUCAUAUAUAUUGACAUGGGCACCGAUGAGAGAGAAUGUUAUAAUUCACAACCCGUUGCAUAAUUGGAGGUCAUCCUACAGUUAGCCGCCAUUUGUGUCAUGACAAUUCUGAAUUACAGAAUGUUCAAGAUCGCCAAAGAUCAAAGACAAAGGAUGGCAUCAGAAUUCGUGUUACAGCCUCGACAGUCAGAACAAGUACAGUCUGAACAAGUACAGUCUGAACAAGUACAGUCUGAACAAGUACAGUCUGAACAAGUACAGUCUGAACAAGUACAGUCUGAACAAGUACAGUCAUGCAGAACAAGUACAGUCUGAACAAGUACAGUCUGAACAAGUACAGUCAGAACAAGUACAGUCAGAACAAAUACAGUCUGAACAAGUACAGUCAGAACAAGUACAGUCUGAACAAAUACAGUCUGAACAAGUACAGUCUGAACAAGUACAGUCUGAACAAGUACAGUCUGAACAAGUACAGUCUGAACAAAUACAGUCUGAACAAGUACAGUCUGAACAAGUACAGUCUGAACAAGUACAGUCUGAACAAGUACAGUCAGAACAAGUACAGUCAGAACAAGUACAGUCUGAACAAGUACAGUCUGAACAAGUACAGUCUGAACAAGUACAGUCAGAACAAGUACAGUCUGAACAAGUACAGUCAGAACAAGUACAGUCUGAACAAGUACAGUCUGAACAAGUACAGUCAGAACAAGUACAGUCUGAACAAGUACAGUCAGAACAAGUACAGUCAGAACAAGUACAGUCUGAACAAAUACAGUCAGAACAAGUACAGUCUGAACAAGUACAGUCUGAACAA